CUUCCGCAUCAAGGCCGCUUCGACGAGUCGCAGGAGCAGCUCGACUCAGUGCGCCGCGAGAACAAGAACCUCGCCGACGAGAUCAAGGAUCUCAUGGACCAGAUCGGCGAGGGUGGCCGCAACGUGCACGAGAUCGAGAAGUCGCGCAAGCGGCUCGAGGUCGAGAAGGAGGAGCUGCAGGCCGCCCUGGAGGAGGCCGAGAGCGCCCUGGAGCAGGAGGAGAACAAGGUGCUGCGCGGCCAGCUGGAGCUCAGCCAGGUGCGCCAGGAGAUCGACCGCCGCAUCCAGGAGAAGGAGGAGGAGUUCGAGAACACUCGCAAGAACCACCAGCGCGCCCUGGACUCGAUGCAGGCGUCGCUCGAGGCCGAGGCCAAGGGCCGCGCCGAGGCCAUGCGCAUGAAGAAGAAGCUCGAGUCGGACAUCAACGAGCUCGAGAUCGCGCUCGACCACGCCAACAAGGCAAACGCCGAGGCGCAGAAGACCAUCAAGCGCUACCAGAACGAGAUCAAGGAGACCCAGGCGCGCCUGGAGGAGGAGCAGCGCGCGCGCGACGAUGUCCGCGAACAGCUGGGCAUCUCGGAGCGUCGUGCCAACGCCCUGCACGGAGAGCUGGAAGAGAGCCGCACCCUGCUGGAGCAGGCCGACCGCGGCCGCCGCCAGGCCGAGGCUGAGCUGGCCGACAACCACGAGACCCUGGCUGACGCCCAGGCCAACUUCGCCGCCGCCUCCAUGGCCAAGAGGAAGCUGGAGGGCGAGGUGCAGUCACUGCACGCCGACCUCGACGAGAUGCUCAACGAGGCCAAGAACUCCGAGGAGAAGGCCAAGAAGGCCAUGGUCGACGCCGCCAGGCUGGCCGACGAGCUCCGGGCUGAGCAGGAGCACGCCCAGACUCAGGAGAAGAUGCGCAAGGCCCUCGAGGUCCAGGUCAAGGAUCUGCAGGUCCGGGUUGACGAGGCCGAGCAGAACGCGAUGAAGACCAGCCGCAAGAUGAUCCAGAAGCUCGAGGAGCGCGUGCGCACCGUCGAACAGGAGCUGGAUAGCGAGCAGCGCCGCCACAGCGAGGCCCAGAAGAACCUGCGCAAGACUGAGAGGCGCAUCAAGGAGCUCAGCUUCCAGGCCGAUGAGGACAAGAAGAACCACGAGCGCAUGCAGGACCUGGUCGACAAGCUGCAGCAGAAGAUCAAGACCUACAAGCGCCAGAUCGAGGAGGCUGAGGAGAUUGCCGCGCUCAACCUGGCCAAGUUCAGGAAGGCGCAGCAGGAGCUGGAGGAGUCGGAGGAGCGCUGUGACCUGGCCGAGCAGACGCUGGCCAAGUUCCGCGCUCGUGGACGUGGCGCCUCCGCCGUCCGUGGUGCCAGCCCGAUGAUGUAAACGACAUACGUUGACUCAAGACAAAACUUUCCAUCGUGACUGGCCAGCGGCAAGCCCCCGUCCGGUCUGGCCAGCAUGACUCGCGACAUCUAUUGACGACAUGACAAGUGACAGCUUUGCGAGUCGCCGCCGGUAGCGCCACCAGCUACCGGCGGCGAGCCGCGCGCCCAGACAGACUGAACGAGUGAGUGAGGCGACACGCGCGGCUAAAUGUCGGCGCCCAUCCGCACAAGAUGGCGGUCGUGACGUCACGGCGCGUGCGGCGCCCGAGCCCCUGGCCUGCGCCGUAAUAUGGCGGACAACAUGGCGGCGGCGCAGUGUCGGGCGGAGUCGGCGUCGUGCGUUGCCAUGGCGACGCGUAUGCCCGCUAGUGUUUCUGUGGCGACCUUUCUACUGAACUGUGUUCCCAUAAGCAUGAUACGAAAAGGUGCAGGUAAUAAAUAGCCGACAAACCUA